AUGGAAGUUAUGAAGUGUUUGUGGGACUCAUUUCAGGAUUUGAAAGUGAUUCUCAGCUUUCUGGUAGUUGCUUCAGUGAAUUUCCGGAAAUUUAUGAGGUACAAGCGCAUGGCUCAAGAGGAAAACGAGAGAUUGAAAAAUGACAUGUCGAGGAAAAAAGAUUCAUUUGGUCGAUCGAUUGCGGACAAUAUGAAAGAAGAAGAGAUGAGACGAGAAAUGGAGAAGAAUCGCAAAGUACGAGUUGGGGAAAUUGUUCAGAAUGGAAAACUCAUGGCGAGAAAGUUCGUUUUCAGGGCAUUGGUUGAAAAGUGCUUCGAGAAACAACCGUUCCUCGUCGGAAAUUUCAUGGCGUACGGGUACAGCGGACUAAAUCCGGAAGCGGACGACUAUUUCCCCUGUGAAUUCGGCCUGAUUCGCUUCAACUUGGAGGAUGGCGUAGAGCCGAAGUGGUUUGCUCAUGCAAUUGUCAACCCUGGGGCUCUGGAAGACUUCCAAGCUCAAGCUGUGGAAGUCGCCAGUGAGACAGGCAUUCACGUUUUGCACGACAAGGUCCACAUGAAUUCCGAUUACAAGAAAAUGCAAAGAGAAAUCUUGAACAUGACGAGUGCAGCAUGCAACACAGAAUUAAAAGAAGAUCAACCGAUUUUUAUCAUGGAAAAAGAGUUGAAUACAGCAUCAGGGGUUCUCCGCUUCAUCUUUGACAAAGCUGGCGGAUACGGCGAGAUUCCCGAACUGCUGUAUUUAGAGGAUCUUCUCGAUCAACUCCGCUUUUGUGCGCACAAGUACCGAUUGUCGAAAGGAUUGGAAUCUAAUCCUAUUUUAAGGUUCAAAGCGGUAGUUGAUGAUACGUUGGAUCAUGGACGUUUCGAUUACGCUUUAUCACUGGCUUGCGAUGUCCAUCGUGAUAAAGAAUCUCCGGAGACCUGUGCCCUGACUCGUUGUCGCAAGAAAGCGAUGUUGAUCUUGUGUCACAUGUGUGAGCUUGUGGUGAUACGAGCGAGGAGUGGCUUCCAUUUCCCCCUCGAUUCGCCCAGUGGCAUAAGGAUUUCAUGUACCGCUUUGUUUAAUGCUUACGGUGUCGCGGGUUCGGGAGGCUCCAUGGCAGGGGAACAAGACGCGAGUUCCUCGUCGUGUUCUUCGUCGGGAGAAGUGAAUUUUAAUGCGAAAACCAAAAUGCUCCACACUCCAAGAAGUAUUCUGAAGCGCAAGUUGUCCGAAGUGGAAGUGUCUCCCGAUGAAUUUAGCCCCCAGAAAGCUGCCAAAAGAAGCAGAUUGUCCUUUAAGGACGUAACUGUCUACUACUUCCAAAGAACUCAAGGCUUCAGUUGCGUUCCGUCACAAGGCGGAAUAACACUCGGCAUGUCUCCGAAGCAUUCCCAUGUGGAAACAUUUACGAUAGCUGGCUACGCAAAGGAACAACAUCGUAUUCACCUGGAAAUGCUCAAAGAACACCGGAAAAGAAUACUCGCAUUGCGGCAAACUCUGCAGCGCCAACAAAUGCAACAGUCCGGCUCUACCGCGCUCGCUCCUCCCUUGGACAGUCCGACGAGCCCGUCGAACCCCAGCGAUGACAGCGAAACUGACGACGAAGACGACCUUGACGUUAGUUUGUUGGGUGAUGAGGAAGUUGAGUUGGAUGAUGGAGAAGGAGAAGAGGAUGACGAUGAUGAAGAAGAAGAGGAAGAAGCUGAUGAGGAAGGAGAAGACGAGACGGGUGAGGACGAAGAGGAGAUGCAACAGAUGCCGCCGCUGGUCUGGCCGUUUCCGCGAUCGGAAGACACAGCAUGUGUGCUGGACAACGGGUUAAGCGACAAUUACUUCUUCCUGCAGCCCGUGCCUUCGAAGCAAAGACGGGCUUUGUUGCGAGCCUCGGGUGUGGAAGACUUGGAUCCGAGUGAGAAAGAGGAAAGCAAGUCUAUUCGAACGUUGCGGGAAGUUUGCGGGUGCAACUGCCAGAAUGCGUGCCAGCCGGAAAGUUGUAUUUGCGCGAAAGCGGAAAUUGCCUGCCAGGUGGACAGGAUGAAUUUCCCGUGCGGCUGCGACCAGUUCGGUUGCAAGAAUCCUUGUGGUCGGGCUGAGUUCAACUCGGCAGGAGUCCGCAGCCACCUGAUGAAGACUCUGAUGCGCCUGGAGGUGGAGACCGACCGGAUUUCCAGCAACACAUCUGCGGGCAACGCUGCGCCCGUGCCGAAAGAAAAUGAAUCCGAAGAGCAGUGGCUUGAAUUCAACGAUGAAGAAAGCGAAUCGCACUUUUUCCAAGACAAUUCGGGCGAUUCCGCAAUGAACAUUCAGAGCCUCAUUCAUGUCGACUUCGGGGACGUGAGCGAGUCGAGUAAGAACGGCGUACCAAAGGAAUCUGGUCGUGAGUCGCCCAGUUUGGGAGAAUUGAUAAAGAAAAGCAUUGUCGAAACGGUGUCAGCAUAAAGCAAAGAGGGAAUGGAAAUUUUUUUCCCCAUCUUGAAACUAUCGCGGUAUCCUGAUUUUUGGGUUUAAACUAAUAUUUUAAGAAAGUCUGAGUUUUAAUUGACACUGAUGAAAUAAGACUUUUGGGGACUUCAAAGUGUGUCCGAAUGCUUGCGUAUACCAUAUUCAUUCAAGUACCGCGCGUCCAUGUUGAAGAUGUCCAUUUCCAAUUUUCAGUCUAAAAUUUGGAUGAAAACUUUUCUUCACGCGUCCCACUUUCUUUUACCAAAAAUUGAAAUACAUUUAAAAACCUCAACGGAAUUUUAAUAUUGAUCUCGCUUGGACCUAAAUUCUAUACAGUAGCUUUUGAAUAUAAUUCAGAUUUUUGAGCAAUGUGGUUCGAAUACAUAUUAGGUGCCGUAUUUUCUCCUCUCAAUAAAAGAUGAUCAUAAAAAAUUAAAAAUUACGCGUGGUAUUUGAGUAAAUAAGGUACAGUACUUCCUUAUUUCACGUAAUCUACCCGAAUUAAUGCAUCGUGCAGAGCAGAUCACUACACUAAGUUUCAGAUUUUAAGGAACUGCAAUUUAAAAACCAUUUGAAGUACAGUACAGUACUGUACUCGGGUAUCGAUAAUGAAUUUGAUCAUGCUUAAUUGCAAAUUGAGGAAGAUGUGCUUGCAUUCGGAGGGCCUGUGUUAUAAGUCAGACGUUCAACAUUUAAUUUUAUGGUGUCCGCCAGAUCCGGCGAAGCCACGGACGGUAAAACUAACUUUUACGAGUUAGUUUUUAUGAUCGGGGAACCGAUUAAUAUUUCAGAUAUGCGUGUAUUGAUUGCGUGAUUUCCACGACUUUUGGUGAGAUCACGAAAACUUGAGCAAUCAGAAGUUGUGAGAAUCACAACUUCAUUUCGUUAAUUUCAGUGGAUGAAAUCUUUCGUUUUCUUUCUCGCUCGACAUUUCAGGAAUUCGUUGAUUGAUUAAAAUCGACAUUUUUUGUGAAGAAAUCCUAAAGAUGAAGGAAGUAGAUGUCGUUCUCGAAAAUACUGUGUUAAAUCUAAGUUCAUUGGAUGGCGUUUUUGUUGAUUGGAGGACCCAGUUUUAAUGUCCCACGAACUUUUCCCAAAAGUUUACGAAAUGGAGCAGCUGAAAUAUAGGGGGAGAAUACAUUUCAUUCAUUGGAUGAAGUUCAUCAUGAGUUUAUCAAGAAACCGCUUAAGAUACCGCUAUUCGACGAGGGAUUCAAAUUUUUAAAAUGCUGACUAUAUGACGGAAAUUUGAGUGAUGAGAAGUAAAUCCAUUCAAUACGAUCAUCGGAGAAAUCUGCGAGUCCACUAACAUAAUCCACUUACUGUAUUUGGGAUUGCUCAGGAGAUUGUUAUAAUUGAUGGAAAAAAUAGAUUGACUUGGGGAUAUUUGCUCGGUCUUGGCAUAUUGUUAAGCGGAAAACGCAUGCCAUUUUGUCGUGUCGGCAAGAACUUUUGCAACCGGAGGAGUACAAAGAACCUUGAGGGGAAACAUUUUGAAUUCGUGCGUACAAAUCGGCAUUUUGGGCCUAGAACGGUUGUCAGAGGAAAGCUUUUUUUUGCAUUUCGGUUUCCUUGCAUUUGAUUGAAUUGACCAGUAUUGAAAUUCCGGUUUGAUUUAGAUCUUUUUUUUUUCCUAGAAAAGAAAAAACUAUUUGUUGUUGUAAGGAUAUCGGAUCUCUUUUGUGAAUAGGGUAGCAAAUCAUGGAUUGGGAAAGAAACAAAAAUUUACUUCAACUCGAAUCUCAUGAAUGAAUGAAUAAUUGUGUGUGUGUGUGCCAUUCUACGGAUUGAGGCAGAAAUGUGGUAAGAUUUUCAGCCCUUGUUUUUUUCUAUUCGCGGCAUCGAGAAGAUGGCAAUUGACCCGGAUACCUCUGAUGUACAAACGUGUUUUCUAUGCCAACAAAUUUUAGCUUUUGACAAUUAACCCUAUUCGGCUAAUCUGAUGACGUUGUGGUUUUCAGAUUUAUGGCGGAAAUUCCAUUUUUGGUGCUGUUGUGCUUUUUGGAAAUCUUGAUUUUUUAAAACUUAGUUUCCGGUCCACUUGAGUGUUGUUUCUUUUGAAUUAUCGCCGGAAAAUGGAAGUACUCAUUUACAAAUGAA